AUGGCUUCCUCAGAGAAGGAAGCGGCUCUCGCUGCGGUACCCUCCGAUGCGCCCACCGUGUAAGGAUCUCCCUUGUUUAUCCAUUUUCCCCUGUUUUUUUUGAGCCGGGAGGUUGAAUCUCAGUGGAUGUGUCGCGGUUCAUUUGUGGAGGAUCCUGUCAAAUGACCUAAAAAAGGCUUGGUAGAUAUGUAUUGCCUACAUCUCUGCGUUUGCUCAUCCGUGAUCUUCCUGAUGAAACUGGUGUUUCUUCUUGUUACUAAUCCUCCACGCAAAGAAAACUCAGGACUCUCCAUGUUUUCCCGGAAUCUCCACUCAGGGUGGUUGUGUGUCAGGGCAUCGUUAAGUUUCCAGAACCGUCCCAUUUCCAUAUCUGGAAUGUCUUACUGUUGUCGUUCGACUGUCCAUGGCUGUUGAAUUAGUAGUUCUAGGGAUGAAAGAGGUUGAAAGGUUGUUGACCGAUUAAAACUGGUUUUUCCAUCAGUUUUUAGCAUCCUUCCUCGUAGACACUUUCAUAUUUUUUAGAUGUAGCGGAAUGAUUAAGAACUUGGAGCUGAUCUUCGUUUAUUUCUAUUGGUUUUAAUCAUUUACAGUCGAAGGAAACUAAUGAGCCAAACGGGACAACCCUUUCAUGCUCUGUUUAGGGUCCUUAGAAACGUUUCAUUAUUCCUUUGGCAUCACGGACGAACUUUUACUUCUCUGGUUAUUCUGACGAAUUUUUUCACUCCUAAGUGAUAAUUUUAGCCCAGAUUUGUUUAAUUUCCUGGCACGUAUGUUGGGUGAACUACUCCAAGGGAGAAAAUAAAAUUGACAUCAAAAGACGGCCAUUUGGUGCCGUCCAAGCUCUGCUUUUAUAGAUGAGAAGUAUUCUAGAAAUAGGUUCAUGAACUCGACAAGGAUUAUUAUGCCUACAUCCAAGUGAAACUAUAUGACAAAAGCUGCAUAUUAAUUCAACCCUAUUUAUUUGCAGAUUUGAUAUGAUCAUAAAGAAGGAAAUUCCAUCCACUGUGGUGUAUGAGGAUGACAAGGUAGUGCCUUCGAUUUUGUCUGCCUCUGAUUGCAUUCGUUUCUAUGUUUCUUGAUGACUUGCAGUGCGAGCCGACAAACUAAAAUGUGCUUUUAAAUUUUUUAAUGUCCUCAAAGCUCUCUGCAAUGCCCAUCCAGUUCAGUAGCAUCAUCACGUUAACUGUGUUCUAUGACGGCUUUCCAUCUUCCCUGCACUUGUCUACCAGCAGAGUUUUUUUCCCUCUUUCUGCCGAAGGUGAUGUUAGUUGCCCAUCUCAUUUGUGCUAUUGACAGGGAGAUAAAUUAAUUGAUAAGAAAGAAAAAAAAAAUCUUGGGCUUUUUUUCUGAAGCCCAUUCAAUCUUCUCUUGGGUAAUAUUUCAGAGAGGCCUUGGGAGUAAGCGAUAGCUCCUAUAUAUUCAUGCGGCUCACUUUGUUCAGUGACAUACACGUCCAUUCUUUCCAGAGUACAUCUCAAGUUGAUCAUCAGUAAAUCCACAGAGAAGCAACUUUCUGCCCUAAUUUUGCAUAUUCUAUUUCCAGAGAAGCAACACCUGUACGAACAGGUUGUUCACAGAGGGAGGGGUAUUUUUAGUAAAGGAGAGUAUUGCUGUCACAUUCAUCUACCUCCUGUGGAAGAGACCAUUGAUUCUAUUCCUCUGCAUAUUUUCAGUUAAAAUAUCUCUCAUUGGUCCUGUUCGUGAGAACAGAUUGCCCUGAUCUCUCUCAUUAGUUGAAAGCACUGACCAUUACAAUGUGCGCCAGGCGCUUGCGUUCAGAGACAUCGCUCCUCAAGCACCUACGCACAUUGUAAUCAUCCCCAAGGUUAAGGAUGGGUUGACUGGUAUAUCUAAGGUACAUGUUCUUGGCAGUUUACUAUAUUUGGAUCCUCAGCUUUGGGCCCGGCGUGAGAACAAUCUUCAAUCAUAAACAGGCAGAGCCGAGGCACGUCGAGAUCCUCGGCCACCUGCUGUAUGUCGCCAAGCUGGUCGCCAAGCAAGAAGGGAUCGACCAGAGUGGCUACCGGGUCGUGAUCAACGACGGCCGAAAUGGCUGUGUGUACCAUCCUCUAUUUUCUUGAAUAUGAUCAUGAAUUUACAAAAAUAUAUAUAUUAAAUUAUUCGGUCAUCUCUUGAUUCGGCCUCUGGUUCUGCAGGUCAAUCUGUGUUUCAUCUCCACGUUCAUUUGCUUGGCGGGCGGCAGAUGAAUUGGCCGCCGGGCUGA